AUGCUCCGUCGUCUACUCCUUUCCAUUGUCCUUGUCCAUCUCGCCUUUGGUUGGUUUUCAUUUUUUUUUUCAUUUGUAGAAGACCUUUUUUGACUUACCAAUGAUGUUAGUAUAAGACUCGGUUUCGUCUUAAUCUAAAAAAAAGGAACCGGUUUUUGGAUAAUUUAUGUCGAAUUGAUGAUUUUUCGAAUAAAAGAUUUCAGGCUACGUGUUCGACUGCCUGGAUGGCUGCGAAUGCGACACCGAAGACGAAGUCGUCCAUUGCCACGACGGCAAGAGGACCAAGCUGCACCUCCCUGAAGGUACUGCUGAAGAAAGAGAAAAGAUCUUCAAGAAAAUAAUUUCACCUAUAACUUUAACAAGAUUUUUAAAAAAGCUACUUGAAUAUUUUGGUGACGUUUUAAAAUUUUCUUCUAGCUUCAAAAAAAUUUUCCUCGAAAAAUUUUUAUUCGAAGAAUUUCGGUUGUUAACAUCGAUAACGGUGAAUUGAGCGGUGGUUUUUAGACCAAUAAAAAAAUAGGAAAAAUAUAUAAUAUUUAUAACAAGAAAUUAGCACAGUAAAAUUUGAAAUCAUGAAAAAAAAUUUUUUUUACAUAUUCUCUGCAAACAAAAAAAAACCGUUUAUGGAUUAUCUGUCAGGCGUAGACUAUCUUCAAACUUUCCAGGACAACGACUGCGCGGAUUUCCGGUGAUUGGGCUCACCUACAACGACAUCGUCCGACUCCCGGACGAAGAAGUUCUGCUCUCCAAGUUCCCCGACCUUGCCGUCAGUCCAUUCUUCCAUAUGAGCUUUUACCCAUGGGAGAAAAUGAUUGCAGGUGGUCGACGUGGAGCGCAACCCGAACUUUGACUGCAACUCGCUCAACGACUACUCGAAGGUGAAGAUCGUCUCCGAUUGUUUCAAGAACGUCUCCGAGAUCAGCCGUGUUCCCAAGCUCUACCGACCCACCAAGGCUUGUUUUCUUCAUUUUCUUUUCUCGCAUUGUUCUCAAUUUGUUUUCCGGCGCCUGACUUACUUCCAGUGUAAUGAGCCAACUGCCAUUCUGUUGAAAUUAAUGCCUUCGAGUUGUUUUCUCGGACUUUGUUUUUUGAAAAGUUGAAUACGAGGACAAGAAUUUCGACUCAGUCUAGAAAAUUCAAGAAAAGUUGGAAGGAAGAUUUGAUUUUCAGGAUUGCGAUGUCGCCUGCCAGGCUUCCAGACAUUACGCCAAACUGCACGAAUACGUGCUCUCUCUUUGGGAAGUCCUCAAGGAAAAAUACGAGAAUUUUGACUUCGACGUGAGUUCUUUGCAGUCUUUAUGAAAAAAAAGAGAUUUCUGACGGAUGAAAAUUAUAAGUUUGGAAGAGCUCUUUUUUAAAGAUUUUAAAAGAAGAAAAAGUAUAGUACUCGAAAAACUAGCAUUUUUAGUUUAGAUCGUUUCUGAAAUUUAUUAAUGAAAAUAAUCGUGCUGUAUAUUUUGGACAGCUUCAAAAUUUGAUAAUAUCAGAAGUUUCUGAAAACUUGAUAUAUAAAGUUAUCCGCUGCGACUCAUGUUUUCUUCACUGACGUUCUCUUGAAUCAAUUAGAAAAAAGCUAUAUUUUUCACAAUCUUGAAAAGUUAAUGCUCAGCUUAAUCGGAAUAGAAAAAUUUGGCGCUUUAUGCUAUCGGAUCAGCGUUCACAUCUUGCUUUAUAUGACUUCAAAAAAAAGGAGGAAGUUCAAUAUUUUUAACGAGCAGCUAAAUCAGAAAUAUAUUUAGAAUCACUAAAAAAGAACUUUGUUUCAGGCGACCAUGAAAGUGAUCCAAGAGUUCUUCACCAGAACCAUGCAGAAGAUCAACACGAUGGGCAAGGAACUCCACGAAGACCUCACCAGCCCCAAAAGCCAUCCCAAGCAGCUCGUCACUCCGAUUCCCGAGCUUCAACCUGUCGAUUAA